AUUGAGAGGGCAGUGUGGCUUCGUAGUUCGUACCUCCAACGUUCUCAAACGGCCAUGGCACCACCUCAACUCUCUGCCUCAGCCUCAGCCUCCGCCUCCACCUCCUUCUACGCCUGCAUCCCCACCUAUGUAUGUGCUCCAAGCUCCGCAAGAGCCUUUUCCACUCCACGCCUACCCAUGUCGAGUUUGGCUCGAAUUCGAACUCCGUUUGCCUCCGGCUCUCCACUCUUGAUAUGCAGAUCUUCUCGUCUACAGAAACCUGCAUGCAGAGCAACAUCAGUUUCAAUAAGAUGUGAGCAAAGUGCCAAUGAGGGCAACAGUUUGGAUGUAUGGCUAGGACGGCUUGCAAUGGUUGGUUUUGCAGUGGCUAUCAGCGUCGAGAUAGCAACAGGCAAGGGACUUCUGGAGAAUUUUGGGCUGACAAGCCCCUUGCCAACAGUGGCCUUGGCAGUUACAGCACUGGUGGGCGUUUUGACAGCGGUCUUUAUCUUCCAGUCAGCCUCUAAGAAUUGAUCGCACUUGAGAAAUCACCUCAUGAUUUUGUGGUUUUUCCUAAUGUUGUUAUCAAUUACAUUCUUGUUAUUUGUUGUAAUUUUGUCUUAAAGCCGAAGAAAAGAGUAGCAAAACAUGAUAGUAUGCCAAAUGUUGAAAGAUUUUAAUGUGUAAAGGGAUUUUUUUUGUCUUUGGAUCUACUCAUACCCAGCUGCUUUUCCA